GUUCUUUGUAAAUGAAUCACAUCGAUCGUCAAUCCAGUAAACUUCCACCCAAAAGACCGUUUGUUUUACUGUGUUAUACUGUGAUAAGUCAAAACUGGACACACCUUCAAAUGCUACAUGUACUGUAUAUAAGCCAGGGACGCUCAAUGAGGGCACAGAACCAGCUAAAGUACUUUCCAUAUAUUGUUGUGCACCACAGGAUAACAAAGUAAAAUGAAGAUGUUGCUGGUGUUUCUCCUGGUGAUGAUGGCAGCAUGUCCUGCCAUCCCUCAAGAUCUGUCAGGUAAAAUGUUCACCUUCCCUCAACAAACCAACACAGCUCAUGUUAAACUGACUUCAUCAAGGCAGAGUUUAGGAGCUGUCACUGUGUGUCUCAGGUUCUUCACAGACCUAAGGAGAGAACAUGCCCUUUUCUCUUUGUCUACCUCCUCUUUUUCAAACGACUUCAUGAUCCAAUGGGAUGACAAAAAUAAAGAGAUUGAGCCUCAUAUCAGAGAUCAAAAGGUAGAAUAUGGAGGGCAGGACUUCAAGCUGAACAUGUGGCACUCGGUCUGCACCACGUGGGACUCCUCCUCUGGACUGGCGCAGGUUUGGCUUGACGGACAGCCCUCAGUAAGGAAAUACAGCAGCUCUGGAUCAAGCAUCAGCGGAAGCCCCAUCAUCAUUCUAGGACAGGAGCAGGAUUCCCACGGCGGAGGCUUUGACAUCAACCAGUCGUUCGUUGGCAUGAUGUCCGAUGUCCACAUGUGGGACUACGUCCUCUCCUCCUGUGAGAUCCAGAAAUAUGUCGAUGAGCUAAACUUCACUCCGGGGAACGUGCUCAACUGGAAAGCGCUGGACUUUCAGAUUGUUGACAGAGUCCUGAUAGAAGAGAAGCAAAGCUCCUGUCACUGAACAUUUAGAGAACAUUAUAAGUUUCAAGUGUCCUCUUGUUACACAUAAUGUUUUCUAUAUUUUACCAGCGUCUACGCUUUGUUAAUUAAUCAUUAAUUAAAGGAUCUUUUUUUCAAUUAACCUUGAUAAAAGAAAUAUGCAAAAGACUGAUUAUAACGUAAUGAAGAGCUUCCAGGUGAAAAAAAGAGCACGUGUUUAGAAUGUAUAGAAAUUCCCCUGCUGUGGGGAAUUUAUAUAUAUUAAAUACAAUCCAGACUUAGGGCAAUCACCAGCCAACAGAUAGACUUGUAGCCCUGUUUAUUGUGUUUCAACACCUUCAAAUGCUAUAUGUAAGUUUUCUUCUCUUGUUUUUAAACAAGUUCUUUGGAAAUAAAUCACAUCCAGUAAAACUCC